AUGGUGGAGAAUAUGAAAGGUAAAAUCCGAGUGUUCUGUCGGAUCAGGCCAAUGAACCGGACCGAGAUAGCCCGAGGAGACUCCACCAUUGUGUCCCGACUAGACGAAUAUUCCAUCACCGUGGAGACGGCUCGUGGUCAACGAGAGUUCCAGUUCGACCGAAUAUUUGACACUCGAUGUUCUCAGGAAGAGGUGUUCCAAGACACUAAUAGACUCAUUCAGUCGGCCAUUGAUGGUUUCAAUGUGUGCAUCUUUGCCUAUGGGCAGACUGGUUCAGGGAAAACCUACACAAUGGUGGGAGAUAAACACCUGAAGAACCCAGGCAUCAUCCCCCGAACAUUUAAUAAGAUUUUUGACAUCAUUCAUGAAAACGAGGCAAAGUUUGACAUCAAGGUCUCUGCCUACAUGCUGGAGCUGUAUAAUGACCGCCUGCAGGACCUCUUUGUCAGUCCCGCCGAGGCAUUCAGCAAGCGGAUUGAAAUGAAGAAGGACAAAAAGGGGCUUGUCUUUGCCCAGGGAGCAGAGACAAAGCAGGCGGCCAGUCCCAGCGAGCUCUUUGCCCUGUUCGAGCAGGGCUGCGCGAACCGCCAUAUCGCCGCCACCAAGAUGAACGUGGAGAGCUCGCGCUCGCACCUGAUCAUCGGCAUCAUGGUGGAGAACCGGAAUCUGACCAAUGGAACCGUGUGCUACGGCAAGCUCAGCCUGGUGGACCUGGCGGGCAGUGAGCGGGCCGCCAAGACAGGAGCGAAAGACAGCCAGCUGAAGGAGGCCAACUCCAUUAACAAGUCUCUCAGCGCGCUGGGGGACGUCAUCUCGGCCCUGUCCUCAGAUCAGCCGCACGUCCCCUACCGCAACAACAAGCUGACACAGGCCAUGCAGGACUCACUGGGGGGCAACGCCAAAACUCUCAUGUUUGUCAACAUCUCUCCCUCCGACUGCAACGUCGAGGAAACCCUCACUUCGCUUAUUUAUGCUACGCGGGUGAAAGCGAUCACCAAUAAUGCACAGAGGAACAUGGACAGUAAGGAGAUUGCACAAUUGAAAGAGAUCAUUGUUAAACUCCGAUCUGGACAACCUGUGGAGGAAGAAGAUGUGUAAUGAUCCCUCUCAAGACUCAACACACAUGUACACCCAAACAAACACCAACUAUACAUGCAC